AUGACUGUUAUUGAAAUAUCUGAUGGACAGUUGCAUUCAGAGUUAAAGAAAGCAGGUGAAAAGUUAGUUAUUGUAGAUUUCACUGCUGUAUGGUGUGGACCAUGUCGUAUGAUUUCACCAGUUUUUGAACAACUUGCAUCUCAACCACAAUACCAACAAAAAGCUGUAUUUUUAAAGUGUGACGUUGAUAAAUGUCGUGUAUUGAGAGAGAGAAAGAGAAAGAGAAAGAAAGAGAGUGAAUGGGAAGCAACUGCACAACAAUGUUCAGUAUCGGCAAUGCCAACUUUCCAAUUCUUUUUGAAUUCAAAGAAGGUUGCAGAGUUUUCAGGUGCUGAUCCAGGUCAAUUGAAAUCGACACUCGAGAAGUAUCUACCUGCGAAUGUAUCGUUCAAUACACCGGGACAUGCUCUAGGUAGCGGUGGUUCUGGUACCUCUAGAUUGUUGGACUUACAGAAUCAGAUGCCAAAGACCAGCAACGAACCAUUGAAAGCAAACCCACAGAUGUUAUCAGAGUUGAAGGAAAUGGGAUUCCCAGAGAAUAGAGCGGUCAAAGCACUCUUGAUCGUAAAGAAUGAAUCGACCAACGCCGCCAUGGAAUGGAUUUUCGCAAAUAUGGAUAAUCCCGAUAUUGAUGAACCUUUAUCAAAUGAUAAUAAUAACAAUAAUAACAAUAAUAACAAUAAUAAUAAUAAUAAUAGUUCAACUACAACAACUACUUCAUCAACAACAACGGAUUCAUCUUCAUCAACUACAACACCAUCAUCUUCAACAUCCGAACCAACUUUACAUAAUGCAUUAUGUGAUAUCUGUACACAACAAAUUGUUGGUAUCAGAUACAAGUGUAAUAAGUGUCCAAACUAUGAUUUGUGUCAGGUUUGUAAGGAUUCCGGUAAGCAUCCGGCUGAUCAUGAUUUCACUGCACACGAAAAAGACAUUGUAAAUCCACAGUUGACCGACGAGGAGCGAAAGUUGCAGCGUGAAAAGUUGGAGGCACGUAUCCUCGAGCUCCGUAAGAAGAAGGCAGAGGACGAAGCCAAGCGUGAGAUUGAUCGUGAAAUCACUCGUAGAUCCAGUGGCAAGAUGCAACAGGAAUCACUCACCAAGUGGCAAGAACAACAGAUCAAGCGUGAAACUGAAAAGGCCAAGAAGGAGAAGGAAGAUGAACUCAGAGCCAAACAACGUAUUCGUGAUAAGAUCGCUCAAGACAAGCUCGAGAGAGCUGCCAAGAAGACCGGUACUCCAGUUCCUGAAGCCGCUCCAGCUGCCGCACCUGCGCCUGCAGUUGUAACACCAACCGCUCCAACUGCCGUACCAGAUCAAGUUUUAAUUCAAAUUCGUUUACAAACAGGUGAAGUUGUUAGAGCAACAUUUAAACCAACCGAUACAUUGAGCACUGUUCAUGCACAUUUGGCUGCCAAUGGACAGAGUGGAUCUUUCAAACUUUCGACCACCUAUCCAAGAAAGAUUUACGAUAGUGCAGAAAUGAAAUCAACAACAUUGUUGGCAGCUGGAUUGGUACCAAAUGGUACUUUAAUGGUUACUAAAUAA